AUGGAAAAUACAGAGACCGAGACCGGUGAGAGUACGACGGUGAUGGAUGCGGAAUUUAAUACGACCUCUGGGACCACUGAUGUGGCUGACGUUGCUACAACGGAUGAGACUACGACAUCUGAGCCUUGGAGUACAACCACCGAGGACGUGACGACGGCCACCUCCAUGUCUAUUGAUGCUAGUACAACGGAGUAUUCUGGACAGCCCACCACAUACGUUGAACCAACAACGGAUUUUACGAAUGCCGCGUCCACCACUGAUUCUCGACAGUAUUCUGGGGGAUCCACUUCGCUUGACACGACAACUGAAGGUUUGGAGACUACGGGUUCGACGUCAGCUCUCCCAUCGACAGGAGCAACCUUAACACUGGAGACAACGGUAAAAUCAACGAGAAACCCCUCUCAAGGGGCACCGAAGCCAUCGCCGCAGAUGCAGACAACGACGAUGGACAUCUCCGAGUCGACGGCCACGCCAACUUCAGCUACUUCUGAUGAUAGCACCUCUACCGCAGUUCCCACUAAGAUCGCUAAUGCGCAAUCUACAGCACCUACCACGAUACCUACGACAGGCCGAACAAGUUCAACGGCAGGCACGGAGGCAAAGCCUUCGUUCGACAACGACGUCAACCAGUUCAUCAGCUACUACACCGGCGAUCCAAGUGUCAAGUACCAUCCGAACAGCCGGCACUUCGUCUGCAACCCCGCCCAGCUCCAGCAUUUUUCC